AUGGCCUCUACCGCAGGAAAGACAAUCACUUGCAAGGCUGCCGUCGCCUGGGAGGCCGGCAAGGAGCUGAGCAUCGAGGAUAUCGAGGUCGCCCCUCCCAAGGCGCACGAGGUCCGCAUUGAGAUUUACUACACAGGCGUGUGCCACACGGACGCGUACACGCUCUCCGGCAAGGACCCCGAGGGCGCGUUCCCCAUUGUCCUGGGGCACGAGGGCGCCGGCAUCGUCGAGUCGGUUGGCGAGGGCGUCACCAACGUGAAGCCCGGUGACCAUGUGGUCGCACUCUACACCCCCGAGUGCAAGGAGUGCAAGUUCUGCAAGUCGGGCAAGACGAACCUCUGCGGCAAGAUCCGUGCCACCCAGGGCAAGGGCGUCAUGCCCGACGGCACCUCGCGCUUCAAGUGCAAGGGCAAGGACCUCCUCCACUUCAUGGGCACGUCGACCUUUUCCCAGUACACCGUCGUCGCCGACAUCUCUGUCGUCGCCGUCCAGCCCGAUGCCCCGAUGGACCGCACCUGCCUGCUCGGCUGCGGCAUCACCACGGGCUAUGGUGCCGCCCGCGUGACCGCCAAGGUUGAGGAGGGCUCCAACAUUGCCAUCUUCGGUGCCGGCUGCGUCGGCCUGUCCGUGGUCCAGGGUGCCGUCAUCAAUAAGGCGGGCAAGAUCAUCGUCGUCGAUGUCAACCCAGCCAAGGAAGAGUGGGCCAAGAAGUUUGGCGCGACCGACUUUGUAAACCCCAACGACCUCAAGGGCCAGACCAUUGUCGAGAAGCUGAUCGAGAUGACCGACGGUGGCUGCGACUACACCUUUGACUGCACAGGCAACGUCAACGUCAUGCGCGCCGCCCUUGAGGCCUGCCACAAGGGCUGGGGCGAGAGCAUCAUCAUCGGCGUCGCCGCCGCCGGCCAGGAGAUUGCCACCAGACCGUUCCAACUCGUCACCGGCCGCGUGUGGAAGGGCUGCGCCUUUGGAGGCAUCAAGGGCCGCUCCCAGAUGGAGGGCCUCGUCUCCGACUACCUCAGCGGCGCGCUCAAGGUGGAUGAGUUCAUCACUCACCGCAAGACGCUCGGUGAGAUGAACGAAGCCUUUGAGACGAUGAAGAGCGGCGACUGCAUUCGUGCCGUCGUGGACAUGCGAAAAUUCGUCCCUUUGGCACUAGUACUGCUAGUUAAAGCAUACGGUGUCUAUCACAACCCCACGUCGCGGCUUCCGGGGCCGUGGCAUACCAAGUGGACGAGCGCCGUGCUCGACUACCACUGGCUCAGGGGAACAAGGCCCCAAUGGAUUGAUGGCUUGCACCAGCGCUAUGGUCGCAUCGUCCGCAUCGCCCCCAAGGAGGUGGACAUAUGCGACGUUGACGCGGUGAAAACCAUCUACACCGUUCGAGAAACGUUCCUCAAGCCCGUAUGGUACCAGCACUUCACAACCUUUGGACUGGAAAACGUCUUCAACACCAACAAUGUCGAGUUCCACAGGAGGCACCGCCGGCUCCUCAGCGGGCCCAUCUCGGAGUCGUCCCUCCGCGAAUACAGGCACCUGGUCGAUGCUCGCUGCAGGCUCACCCUCCAGAGAAUUAGGGAGGACAUGAGGUCCAAGGGCGCGGCGGACCUGUUCAAGUGGUGGAUGCUGUUUGCGACGGAUGUCAUUGGCGAAAUGACUUUUGGAGAGUCAUUCAAGACUCUAGAGCAUGGAGAGAGAAACGACUACGUGCGCAUGUUGGGGCAGACUGGCAACCUCGGCGUCGUGCGCUCCACGUUCCCGCUCCUCACCUCCAUCGCCACCAAGAUCCCGCUGCCAUAUUUCAGCAAAGCCGUGGGCUACUCCCGCACCCUGACUAAAUACGCGGGCGAGUCGUUGGGCCGGUACAAAAAGGUGGUCGAGGCGACGCCCGAGCUCGCGCAGCAGACCCUCUUCACCAACCUGCUCAAGGCCAAGGAAGACGACAGGCUCACCUUUGAGGAGAUGCGGAACGAGGCCGAGGUGUACAUCAUCGGCGGCAGCGACACCACGACCAUUACGCUCACCUACCUCGUGUGGUCCGUGUGCCGCCACCCCUUGGUUCGGUCCGUCCUGCUCAAGGAGCUGGAGCUCUUGUCCGACGACUUUGACGAGCAGGAUCUCAAGGACCUGCCGUACCUGAACCAGGUCAUCAGCGAGACGCUUCGUCUGUAUCCCGCAGUGCCGUCGGGCCUGCCUCGUCUGGUGCCGCCCGGUGGCGCCGAGCUGUGUGGCUAUGCCUUGAACGAGGGCGUGUCCGUCGGCGCACAAGCGUACUCGAUGCACAGAGACCCAGAGAUAUACCCGGAUCCGCAUGCCUUUAAUCCUUCGAGAUGGGCGUCGCCGACGCGCGCCAUGAAAGACGCCUUCAUGCCUUUUGGUAAAGGCGCCCGAGUGUGUAUCGGGAUGCACCUAGCGCAGCUGGAGCUCCGGCUCGCAACUGCUCGAUUUUUCCUGGAAUUUCCGGAUGCAACGAUGGCGUCGGUGGAUGGCAUGACGGACGAGGACAUGGAGCAGGUCAUUCAUUUCCUGCUCGCGCCCAAGGUUGUCCUCAUUUACGUAGAUCUUCAGAAUGACACGUCCAAACUCUUCGAGCGCGCCUCCGAAACCAUCACGCCGCGGCGUGUCACGCGGUCCCUCUCCCGGUUCUCCUACGCCAGCGCCAGCGCCAGCGCCCCCGUCAAGAAUGGCACCCCGGACAUUGAAGAUGCCGUGCUGCCCCCAGCGAAGCGACGCCGCGUCGACGACUCCCCCGUCGUCAAGGUCAAGGCCGAGCUCCUCGAGGAGACGCUGGCCGCGGUGCCGUCGCCGCCGAAGCUGAAGCCGAAUCGCGACCGCAAACCCGCGCGGAAGACGACCGAUCCGGACACGGGCGAGGCGACGGUCGCUCCGCCGUCCGACUGGGAGGAAAUGUACAAUGCCGUCAAGAAGAUGCGCCAGCCGGGAGGCAUAGCGCACGGCGCUGCGGUGGACACUAUGGGAUGCGAGCGGCUGGCCGACCGGAACGCCUCGCCCAAGGACCAGCGGUACCAUACGCUCGUGGCGCUCAUGCUGUCCAGCCAGACCAAGGACACGGUCAACGCCGUCGCCAUGCAGAGGCUCAAGACCGAGCUGCCGGCACACAAGCCCGGGGCGCCGGUCGGCCUGAACCUCGACAACAUGCUGGCCGUGGAUCCCAAGCUCCUCAACGAGAUGAUAUGGGCCGUUGGCUUCCACAACAACAAGACCAAGUACCUUAAGCAAGCCGCCGUCAUCCUCCGCGACAAAUGGGACGGCGACAUCCCCGACACAAUCGAAGGCCUCACGUCCCUUCCCGGCGUCGGCCCCAAGAUGGCCUACCUCUGCAUGUCGGUCGCGUGGGACCGCACCGAGGGCAUCGGCGUCGACGUGCACGUCCACCGCAUCACCAACCUCUGGGGGUGGAACAAGACCAAGUCGCCCGAGGAGACGCGCCACGCCCUGCAGUCGUGGCUCCCGCGCGACAAGUGGCGCGAGAUCAACUGGCUGCUCGUCGGCUUCGGCCAGGCCGUGUGCCUGCCCGUGGGCCGCCGCUGCGGCGACUGCGAUCUCGGCGCCCAGGGGCUCUGCAAGGCCGCCGACCGCAAGAAGGUCGCCGAGGGCCGUAGGAUAAAGGGGGAGGAGGUCAAGGUUGAGAAGAUUGAGGUGCAGGAAGCGAGCGAGUUCUUUUGA